AUGGAAGAAAUGGCAGAAAUCAGUUACACAUACAAGGGCAGCGAAAAUCCUCUCGUUCUAGAAAUGAGUUUAAUAUCAACUGUGAACUGUAACUUUCAGCUUCAUCUGUAUCCUUGGGACGAGCAAGAAUGUGAAGUGAAGAUCAUGGUAACAAAUGUGCUCCCAGAUGGUGUAAAUGUGAGCCGUGACUCGCAGCUGGUGCAUUGCCCGACCAUCUUGGACCAAUACCACGUCAGGGACUGCUCUCUGAGGGAGGGAACUCUGACCCUGUCGCUCCGUCUGUCCCGCCGCUAUGAGUAUCACCUGUGGACCACCUAUUUGCCUACAUACCUCCUUCAGCUGUUGGGGUAUUGGUCGCUGUACUUACCUGUGGACAAGUUCAACGAGAGAGGCACCAUGAGCCUCACGACGCUGCUGGUGCUCAUCUCUCUAUACACGGAGACAAGCUCUUCUCUGCCCAGCACGGCCUACCUCAAGCACAUCGACAUCUGGUUCGUCUUCAACAUCUGCUUCCUCACUCUCAUCAUUGGCAUCCACCUGGCCACCUGCAGCAGCAUCAGUGAGGGCACUGGAUCUGACCAUCAGUCAAUAAAUCCCCUUUUCUUGCCUCGUUCCCCUGUCAAGAACAGAGACAAAUCAAGCAAGCUCUCGUGCAAUCAUGGGAAGGCUUUGACUGAUCCCGCUUUUGUGCUUGGGGUCAGCAGAGUUGUGUGUGCCAUUAUAUUAGCUGUCUUCAGUGCAAUCUACUUCUGGUUGAUCUGGUAG